CAAACCAUGCUCCUGCAUACAGCGUCUGCAUUAUGCAAGUGCUAGCCCUGUUGCUAUCCUUGACAAGUCUAGCAGCCAUCGCAGUUGCACUACGCCUGUGGACUCGGCUGCGUCUCCGGAGUGCAGGAUGGGAUGACCUGCUAAUUGUGGUGGCCUUGGCCGCCAACCUGGUCCUCUUCUCCUGCCGAGUUGUAGGCAAGAAAUCCCACCCGCUUCAUCCAUUGCCUUUUAAACAACAACAACUAACACAAACACCCCCAGAGAUCCACCACGGCCUCACCAAACCAAGCGAAAACCUCACCACGCACACUCUCGAAUCACAACUCCGCGCCCUUUACCUCUCCCUCCCCUUCUACCAUCUCACCCUCAUCACCAGCAAACUCUCCGCCCUAGCCCUGUACACGCGCCUCUUCCGCCUCCGCCGCGUGCUGCUGACCAGUUACCUCCUCGCCGCCUUCCUCGUCCUCGCGGGGUUAUGGAUGGUCCUCAGCGGAUUUCUGUUCUGCUGGCCCGUACGGGCCUUCUGGACAGUCGUCCCAGACAGCACCAGCACCAGCCCCGGCGCACACUGCCUGCCUAAGGGACCGGUGUGGCUCCUUAACGGCGCAAUGCAGAUCUCCACGCAUGUCGUCGUGCUUGCGAUCCCGUUGGUGGUGAUUCCGCGGCUGACGCUGCGACGGAGACAGAAGGGGGGGUUACUGUUGUUGUUUGGGGUUGGGUCAAUUGUGGUCGCAAUCAGUAUUGUGCAGUUGGUCACGGUAAUUGGGAUUCUGGAGGGUGGGAAAGGGGUGACGGAGAAAUCCAUCCGAUCCGCCCUCCUGGCUAGCACAGAAGCCAGCGCCUCGAUCAUCUGCGCCUGCAUGCCCCCGCUGUACGCCUUGUUUAGUCGCGUCUGUUCUCGGUGUGUGUAUAUGGCGGAGUGGAUGGCUCGUGCGGGGCGGCGGCGGCAGCAACAUCAACAACAACUGACGCCAACCCAGGUGGGAGGCAUCCAAGCGAGGAGUAUCCAUCUCACGCGGCCGGUGAUUGAAGAACCGGCGUUUCUGCGCGGGGUUGGACUGGGGUUUGGGGUUUAUACGGCUAGUGUGGAGGUCUCGGUGCAGUGGCCCGGGGAGAGAAGGGGUGAGCAGGAUGAGAUUUCCGUCGUGAGGACUGUGGAUGUCGACGUCGAUAUCGAGCGGGGGAGUAAGGAUUGGGAUUUGGAUCCGGGGAGAUGGGGUGAGAAGAUGGGGUGA